UUUUCAAUUUGGGGGCCUGUACCUUUUACAUAUUUACGUUACUAGAUAUGACGUUACUAGUUAACGUUAACGUUACCUAAAAUUCCUUGGUAGCUGCCCUCGUGUUCUGAUUUCCGUGAGUGAGAGCUGAGGGCUUUAUUGGGUGAUACUAGUAGUUGCAAUUCAUCCAUAGAUUCGCACACAAACGGAAACGCAUUGGGGCAGAUUUGGCUCUGAAGGUAUGAAGAGAGGCUCACAAAGAGGUGCAAAUCGCCCCUACCAACGAAUGGAAUGGUCCGUAGUCAAAAUGGCGGUCGUACGACGAUUUUGAAAAGUAAUUUCUUACACUUGGGAGCAGAAUGGGAAGUCCAGAAAUAGACCAUGUGAUCGAGCAGUGUCUCCAGAAGCAGGAAGCUGUUCUGAACUUAAGUCAUCGUGAUAUCAGCGUCCUGCCACCAACGCUACGUCAGGUGACACAUGUCAGACGACUGCUCCUCAACAACAACAAACUUCUCAUGCCGCCCACCGAACUCCUGGCGUUGCAGCAACUUGAAGAACUGACUUUGGACUGUAACAACCUGACUCUUCUUCCAACUGGAAUAGGUGGACUCAGAACACUGACAUACCUGAGUCUCAGCAACAACAGCUUGGGCUUUCUUCCCGGAGAAAUAGGGAAGCUGCAAGAUUUAACCCAACUGUGGAUAGCUGACACCAAACUGAUGGGCCUGCCACCAGAAAUCGGUCUACUCCAGAAGCUGGAAAAACUCAGUGCUAAGAACAACCAAAUAUCUUCACUCCCAGAUGAGCUGUGUAACUUGUCUAAGUUGUCCUGGCUGAAUUUGGCACAGAACCAACUGGACAGGCUUCCUGGCAGUUUCUACAAGUUACAGAACUUGUCUUAUCUGAACGUUGAUGGGAACAGGUUUGCAGAGGUGCCAGCUGGCCUGGGAGACACCCCUGCCCUGUCAUCCCUGAGUCUCAGGAAAAACAUGAUCUCCUCCUUACCCGAUGAUCUACUUCUUAGUCUGAACAAGCUGUGUAAGAUUGAUCUCAGGGAAAACCCUCUCCAGGAGAGGCCUGCACACUGGAAGGGUUUGGACUUCAUCCUGCUGGGUCCAGACAACACUGGUGCUGGGGAUGGGCCAGGAACCAGCACAGAGUCUGAGAACACGGACAGCAGUGGGGACAGCACAGAAGAUGGGGACGACUCACCAACAGAAGAACAAACUAUUGGAACCUAGGCAGCCUCACCUAGGACACUUUGAUCCUUGCAACAGUAGACAGUUGAAAGUGCCCUUUGGUAUAGGCUGAAUAUAAAAUGUAGUACAUAUUGGUGAAGUGAAUGUUGUGCAUAUCAAUUAAUUCAGUUCUGUUUCUCAUCCAAGUUGUAUUAUAAUCAUUUACAGGCCUCUCUAUCAAAGAUUUUUACCAGUAACUCUUUGCUCACCGAAGAAAUUUAAGACAUUGUAUACUGUUCAUCUGCAUUGCAAUCUUACUGUUGAAAUGUGAAAAAGAUAUGCAUG